GAUUGCGACUUUCUGUAAAGUGUGAAUAAAUUUGCAACAUGACACGAUGUAACAACAUUUCAAUUUCGAUGUACGUCGUGAAAAAGUAAAUAAAAUUAUACAAUAAAACAUUCCUAAACAAUGGACGUGGCCAUUAUCGGCUGUGGUGUUUCAGGUUUAACAAGCAUCAAAACCUGUCGUGAUGUCGGCCUAAACCCUGUGUGUUUUGAACAACAAUCAAGUCUUGGUGGGGUGUGGAAUUUAUACACUGAUGACCCUCGACCAAAUCUUUCCUCCGUUCAUAAAUGCACCAUUACGAAUACUAGUAAACUGUUCACGGCGUUUUCAGAUUUUCCUUUCCCCAAGGAGUUUCCAAACUAUUUGCCGCAGAAUUUAGUGCAAAAAUAUGUUGAGUUGUACGCGAAAGAAUUUGAUUUGGCGAAGUACGUGCAAUUCAACACGGAAGUCGUGAAAUUGGAACGGAGUGCGGAUCACAGUGAAACGGGAAAAUGGAUUGUGUCUACCAGGCUAAAGGAAGAUAAUUCUGAGAUUAAAACCACCUUGUUUGAUGCGGUGAUGAUAUGCAAUGGUCACUACUCACACCAGGUGUGGCCGAAUAUCCCAGGGAUGGAAAAAUUCAAAGGGAUUAAAGUACACAGUGGGGAUUACCGGACAUUCUAUCCAUUUGUUGGAAAGAGAGUUGUUAUUGUAGGAUGUAGCCAUUCUGCUGUGGACAUUGCAGUUGAACUAAGUCAUGAUCAUGCUAAACAAGUGUACAUCAGCACAAGAAGUGGCUGUUAUCUUGUGACACGUCUCGGUCCUGGAGGACAACCUGCUGACUUCUUUAUCACCAGAGUCGCUUCACUUUUGCCAAUGAAAUAUCUGAGAAAGCUAUCACCAGUACUGCUAAACAACAAAGUCAACUUCAAAAACAUUGGCCUUCAUCCAUCAGGCACUUUCGGUGUGAAUCAAACUGCAGUUGUAAAUGAUCAACUGCUGCAUCGUAUUAUUACAGGGCACAUAAUCAUCAAAGGGGAUAUCAAAGAGAUAGCCGAGGAUUCAGUCAUUCUCCACGGAGGUGAAACGUUAGAAAAGAUUGAUGCCUUGGUCGUGGCCACUGGUUUUAAACCAAUUUAUCCAUUCGCCAAAGAAAUUAUCGAAGUAAAAGAGGAAUUCUACACUAGUUUAUAUAAACAUGUGUUUUUGCCAGACGAUGACAGGCAUACUCUAGCUGUCAUUGGAGCUGUGGGGGUGGGUGGUCCUGUCCCUCCUGUCAGUGAAAUGCAGGCAAGAGUUGCUGUUGAGGUUUUCCUGAAAAGAUGCAAGUUACUAAGCAAGGAAGAUAUGGAAACUGAGAUUGCAAAUAGAGAACGCGCAUGGUCAAAAACAGGGGCAUCCAAAUACUACUUCAUGCGGGUUCCAUAUGUCCCAUACAUGAAUGAACUUGGUGAAAUGAUUGGUGCAAAGCCAAACUUGUGGUCAAUAUUCAAAAAUGACCCCAAACUGGCCUAUCAAUGUAUCUUCGGUACAACUGUCGCAGCCCAGUACAGAUUGCAAGGACCAAACGUUUGGCCAGGUGCUAGGAACCACAUCAUGACAUUUAAGGAACAAUAUCUGUAUCCAUUACGUACCAGAAAGUCUUCACCAUCAGAAGAAAAAAGAAGUUAUGGUGUUCUUGUAUUCAUCAUUGUCGUGGGUCUUGCUAUAGUUGCUGUUAUGCUCAAGGCAUGAAGUGAUAAAUGCAAUCAUGAAAGUGCAUGUGCCUUACACAGGUCACAUUAACUCUUUCCAACAAGCUAACUCGUGCAUAUUUACUAGCUCUAAUUGCAAUAUAAAUAAUAUUAAUUGACUUUUAGAACUGCUUCUGAUAGAUAAUAUGUUUUUUAGUUUUAAAUUAUUUACUAGAAGAGUUUACAGCUUAGAACCUCCUAAUUAAAAACUUGUUCAGAACAAGUUGGAGACAAAUAAUAUAUAGUGACAUACUGACAUAAAACUAUUAAAUAGUUUA